CUUUCAUAUUUGAUUUCACUUAGCGGGACAUGAGUUGGGCCGUCCGAAAUUAUGGCAAGCUGCUUAUCAAUUGCUCUCGUCUGUCAUCCCUGGAGGGGUAUCUCCUGCGUUCUAAGAGGAAAAAUGGAACUAGGUUUCGGAUUGAUGAACAAGCUGACCAGAUAGCAACAAGCAGCUCUUACAGAUACGAGAAUGACAAAGCUUGCGUUCCAGCACCUGGCACUCUCAAGCACAGCAGCAAACACAAAAUGGAGACUGGCCUGUCGCGUCAUAAUAUAACAAACAGAAGCGUCAUAUAAAGCUAACCACCCAUUUCUCUGACAUCUCAUACUUCAUGCAGUGCUCCGAGGCCGUACCGCCAAGCAAGGAAGAUCCAUGUUCAGCUUUACGCUUUGUCCGCAUUAACUGUGUAGAGCCUGCCGCGGAUGUACGCCCCGCCUUCACGGGCCGCUCAAGCGGAGGCGCCUGGCGUAGCCGACACGGGUUUCAGCAGCAAAAGCAGUCAUAAAUCGAAGCCCUAUUUCCUUGAUGCCAUCAGGUUGGAUCUGAAGGACGCAAAAUCGAUUAAUGUUGAUCUUAACACGAGCAGAUUGAGCCUUCAAGCAUUCACUGAAGCAAAAUCAUGCAACCGGGACAAUUCUAACGAAGCCACUAAAAGUCCAUGUAUCUCAGAAGGAGAUGCGCAGCAUGGCUUGCUCGUGUGCUGCGCAUCACCACCCGAGCAGCUGCCAAAGAUCUCAGCUGUCCUGGCUGACGACACAGACGCAGGCGUAGCCGAAGCGCCUGACGGCGACGCUUUCUGUGCAGGACUCACCACUCCAGCCCUCGUAGCCGCAACGGAAACGCGGUUGCUCUGGCUGCCAGGUGUCUCUUCGCCUGCGUCGGUACCGGCAAUGAGCUCCAACGCAGGCUCACCUACCACAGCGCCUACUCUGUCUGACGAGCAGAUUUCAAGCCCAUGCAGACCGGCCGCAUUGGGGCCACCCAUAGGGUCUAACCUGACAUUGCCUUUUAAGCUAUCUCGACCGGUUUGCAUCAACGGGCAGCGACGCAAGUCUUUCACAUACCUUCCCAGACAGCGGAGCGAGCCCACUCCAGGCAGUGCUGAGAAAAGUGGCAGAAACUCUUGGCUGUCACUGUCCAUGAAGCCAGAGAUGCAGGCAGCUGACAAGUCAACCAAGGAGGUACAAGGCGGCUCUGGCGCGAGCGAAACCGAUCUCCACAUUCGUUCAGCCCCACAUGCUGUGGAAUCGGACCGAGAGCAACCGAAAGAUCAUUUUCCGUCUCUUCUCCGCAACUUGAGUGCCGCCGACAGGUACGAGAGAGCUAUUCGCCCGCCAUUGCCAUCGCCAUCGUCACUGCCGACACCCAUCUUGUUCGGCAUCUGGUCUCAAGCUUCACCUACGCCGCCCAGAAGGCAAAGUCGAUUGUUUCCGGGGACUGACGCUGCUGCUCCUGCCGACUCUGAAGUAGAGGCUGAACUUCAGCAGAUGCCAAUGGAUCACUUUGAUCGUCGCUACGACGAGCAGAUUGACCCUGUGCACGACCCUGUCCACUGCGAAUUUCCAGACGGUGAUGAUGAGACUGUGGCAGACGGGCCUGCUGCAAACCGCUCAAGCGCGACGCAAGCCCCAACAUGGGUUGGCGGGACAAUGGUCCGGACGCCUUCGGCCACCUACCAUGCGCAGCAGCAGCAAACACUGCAGCAAAGAGCGGUACCUGGAAAGCAGACACAAGCGCCGCCGCAGCAGGAGCAGCAGCCACAACCGCAACAGGAGUUCAAGCAUCCUCCGAAAGCUGCGGGCUAUCCGGCGGAGGGCGAGAAAAAGCCCGGAAUAAAACAAUUCAAGCAGGCCAUGAGGAGUGUCCUCCGCGGAGUCAAGGUGCGUAUCCCACAACGAAAUAGUGCCAAUGCCACUUGACUGCAGGUCGAUUAUCAAUUGCCCCUGCGCUCCUGCGGAUUUUCUUGCGUUGCUAGCGUUCGUAGCCCCACCUUCACAUCGCAUCGUCGCACUUGCAUUCGCAUUCACGGCCACACUUGCAACAAUAUUCAGACCGCACGCCUAGCCAUCC